AUGGGUUCUGUUGUUCUUCCUCAUCUCGUCACAGGCUGGCAUGUUGACCAGGCUAUCAUGUCAGAAGAAGAGAGACUUGUUGUGAUCCGCUUUGGGCGCGAUAUUGAUCCUGAUUGUAUGCGACAGGAUGAAGUGCUUUAUAAGGUCGCCGAAUUAGUCAAAAACUUCGCCGUCAUCUACGUCUGCGACAUCGACCAAGUCCCCGAUUUCAAAACCAUGUACGAAUUAUAUGAUCCAGUCACGACCAUGUUCUUUUUUCGCAAUAAACAUAUGAUGUGCGAUUUUGGCACAGGUAAUAACAAUAAGUUGAACUGGGUGUUGGAGGAUAAGCAGGAAAUGAUUGAUAUUAUCGAGACGAUUUAUAAGGGCGCAAAGAAGGGGAGAGGUUUGGUUAUUACUCUACCAGAUAUCGGUACUGAGAUUUUCUCAUAA